ACCAUUGGCCCAAAAGGCUUCCCGAGAAAACUCAGAAACUCACCCACACAAGAAAGACUCUAGCAGAGAAGGCAAUUUCUGCUUGCACAUAUGGGAUGGUCUGGAGGGAUUGAGGAUUUCAAUUGAGCGACAUCACAAAGCUCCGUCUGAUGAAUGUGAUUUUCGUGCACUUGUAUUAGCGUUUCUCUACUGACGAGGAGGAGAAUCAAAUAUAUCGCAUGCUCUCUAUCGUGCUUCUAGAGCGGGCGGGCGUCGAUUUUGCAAGUUAAAUACAAUGUCUCUGUCCGCUGCGUGUUCGGCCACUUCCACGUCGAGGUUAAACGACUCCGUGUACGAACUUCAUAACCCAGGAGUUGAAUCAGUGCUGGACGUUGUAUUCUUUCACGGCCUACAAUCGUCACACACCUCUGUACCUCACCUAUCAACAUGGAUAUCAAGCGGUUCUCACAAGGAAGUAUGGCCGCAGGCCUGGAUCCCGCAAGAGUUUCCGGGAGCUCGGAUUCUCUCUGUCCAGUACGAUGCUUCUAUCAGGACAUCAGCAGAGCAUGGAAGAUUAGACCUCUACCUCACAGCCGAAAGUUUGAUGCAUAAUCUUAUAAAUGCGAAGGUGGGGCAGCAUCCUUGGCGUUCAGUUAUACUCGUCGGUCAUAGUUACGGAGGCCUUGUGAUCAAACAAUUGUGCUUCCACGCACACUCCAGAAAAAGCAACAAACAAAUAGCUCGCUUUCUCAACUCCGUCACAGGAAUUUUCUUCUAUGGAACGCCGCACCAUGGAAUUUCAUCAUUCUUCACUCCAAAUGGAACAAAACUAAAGGAGGCUAGCCCUCUACUCGACUAUGUCAAGCUGCUUUGCGCAGAAUCAGGUCGCCUUCAUGAAAAUUUUGAUGCUUUACGUCUGUCCUACGAGUGGAGCAUUGCUGGAGUUGGAGAAUCGAGACCUACGAUCAUGCUAGAUGCAGAGUCUCAGAACGCUGUUGCUAACUGCAUUCUCAGAAUUCUGAGACUCUGCUGUUGCAGAGUCUCAGAAUGUGAGAUGAUUGUAGUUGAGGCUUCAGCUCGGUACGGCGACUUCACUGUGGAGCAUGAGGAUCAUAUCUCUCUCUGCCAGCCCGAGAGCAAGACUUCAAAUACUUACGUACGGUUGACAUCGUUCCUGCAAAGGUUACAAAGCAAUAAGGUGAACAGGAGGAUUCCUGAUAAUCUCCAGACGGUGCCGAAGAUUGCAAUAAGCCUACAUUCUCACUUACUAGUAGAGGUUCAAAACAUUUUACGCACAGGUCCAGCAGCAGUUGCUCUUUGCGGCAUGGGAGGAGUAGGGAAAACAACUCUCGCAAAGCUGUUGUUCAAUGAGUUGUGUGCUGAAUACGAAUACACUUGUUUCGUUUCGAGAUGUACGGACAUGAAAAAUACCAAGGAGAUAGAAGACAAAGUGUAUUCCUCGAUGCAUCAUCUUGGCAAACAGCUUACACAAGGAGUGGAAAAAUGGAAACCGACUGAUUUGAGACAGCAAACACUUCUCCUUGUUCUGGAUGACAUUGACAAUGGUAGUCAUGUUGCACUUCUCGAGGACAUAGCUUCGAAGAACGAUUGCGCAAACAGUCGUUACAUUGUUACCUCUAAAGAUAAAGACAUUUGGAACAGUUUAGAUAGUUUGGAUUCAUACGUGUUCGACGUGAAACUCUUGAAUGACGAGAGCUCCACAGAGUUAUUUAUGAGCUACGCAUUUCCGUAUCAGACCAAACCAAGUCCAUCACUGGAGAAAUGGAUACCCAAGAUCGUCAAUAAAUGUGAUGGACUACCAUUAACUCUAGAGGUGAUAGGCAAGUAUCUGAAGACGAAAGUCAGUGAAAGCAUAUGGAUGCAAUGUUUCCAAGCUCUGGAUGAAGCAAAAGACGCAGGGCGUUUGGAUGAUAAGUUGUGGGCGCAAUUGAAAGUGUCCUACGACCGUUUGGGUAGUCAGGAGAAGGAAAUAUUCCUUGAUGCUGCGUCAUUCUUCAGCAAUUCCACCUGGAACCUGCGAGAAGCUAAGGCUUGCUGGCGCGUGCUUUAUGGCUACGAAGAUAUCCAAUGGCAGACUCUGGUAGACUUGUCUCUCGUCUACGAUGUAAUAGAAGAGGAAAAUAUACAAAUGCAUGAGCAAUUAAGGUCUCUGGGAAUAAGAUUGGCUUCAGGAUGGGGAACAGGUGGCAGAUGUAGGACUUGGACUCCCAAAAAUGUCCCUUCGAGGUUUAAUUCCUCAAACUACAAUGAGAGGAUUACAGAAGGACAGUUCUAUUCCAAUGAUCCAGGCUCAUCAAGCACUGGUAUGGGAACACCUAUUGAGGAGGUCAUAGCGCUACGACUUGAACACUCGAUGCUCCUCGACUUGAGAGAUAUUGGCCAGAUGAAGAAGCUGAAAUAUUUGGAUUCCGAGGAGUUGAUGUUGAAUGAAGUAGGUGGCAAGCUUCCGAAGAAUCUGACCCUUCUUCGACUCCGUGGAGAAGUGAACAAUCUUCAUAACCUGGUAGACCAAGGGCUCGCGAGAAGUUUGGCUGUUCUGGACUUGACGGCACCGCUCACAUGUUUGCCAACAACCGUCAGUGACUUUCAAAACCUUGAAGUUAUGAAAUUCGCAGGCUGCCUCUUCCAAUGUCUUCCCGAAGCAUUCGGACAACUUCCCAGGCUUUGUCAUCUUACAUUCACUUCGUGCGAGAGACUUUGUUCACUCCCCGAAGCUUUUGGAGGGCUCUCACAACUGCGAUCUUUGGAACUUCAUUUCUGUUGGAGGUUGGAAGCAUUGCCGGACAGGUUCGGAAAUCUUUCCCAGCUACAAAGCCUGGAAAUAAGUGGGAGUGAUAUCUCAAAACUGCCUGAGAGCUUCGGAAAUCUGUCCCAGCUACAAAGCCUGGAAAUAGAACACAGUCCAAUCUCAGAACUGCCUGAGAGCUUCGGAAAUCUGUCCCAGCUACAAACCCUGAAAAUAUAUGGGAGUGAUAUCUCAAAACUGCCUGAGAGCUUCGGAAAUCUGUCCCAGCUACAAAGCCUGGAAAUAAAAAACAGUCCAAUCUCAGAACUGCCUGAGAGCUUCGGAAAUCUGUCCCAGCUACAAACCCUGAAAAUAUAUGGGAGUGAUAUCUCAAAACUGCCUGAGAGCUUCGGAAAUCUGUCCCAGCUACAAACCCUGACAAUAUGGGGGAGUAAAAUCUCAAAACUGCCUGAGAGCUUCGGAAAUCUGUCCCAGCUACAAACCCUGAAAAUAUGGGGGAGUAAAAUCUCAAAACUGCCUGAGAGCUUCGAAAAUCUGUCCCAGCUACAAAGCCUGGAAAUAGAAAACAGUCCAAUCUCAGAACUGCCUGAGAGCUUCGGAAAUCUGUCCCAGCUACAAACCCUGAAAAUAUAUGGGAGUGAUAUCUCAAAACUGCCUGAGAGCUUCGGAAAUCUGUCCCAGCUACAAAGCCUGGAGAUACUUGGAGAGAAAAUCUCAGAACUGCCUGAGAGCUUCGGAAAUCUGUCCCAGCUACAAACCCUGAAAAUAUAUGGGAGUGAUAUCUCAGAACUGCCUGAGAGCUUCGGAAAUCUGUCCCAGCUACAAACCCUGACAAUAUAUGGGAGUGAUAUCUCAAAACUGCCUGAGAGCUUCGGAAAUCUGUCCCAGCUACAAACCUUGACAAUAUAUAAGAGUCCAAUCUCAAAACUGCCUGAGAGCUUCGGAAAUCUGUCCCAGCUACAAAGCCUGGAGAUACUUGGAGGGAAAAUCUUAGAACUGCCUGAGAGCUUCGGAAAUCUGUCCCAGCUACAAAGCCUGGAGAUACUUGGAGAGAAAAUCUCAGAACUGCCUGAGAGCUUCGGAAAUCUGUCCCAACUACAAACCCUGAUAUUAAAAUAAGUUUGAGUGAUAUCUCAAAACUGCCUGAGAGCUUCGGAAAUCUGUCCCAGCUACAAAGCCUGAGAAUAUAUGGGAGGAAUAUCUCAAAACUGCCUGAGAGCUUCGGAAAUCUGUCCCAGCUACAAAGCCUGAUAAUAGGUGGAGAGAGAGUCUCAAAACUGCCUGAGAGCUUCGGAAAUCUGUCCCAGCUACAAAGCCUGGAGAUACUUGGAGGGAAAAUCUUAGAACUGCCUGAGAGCUUCGGAAAUCUGUCCCAGCUACAAAGCCUGGAGAUACUUGGAGAGAAAAUCUCAGAACUGCCUGAGAGCUUCGGAAAUCUGUCCCAGCUACAAACCCUGAAAAUAUAUGGGAGUAAAAUCUCAAAACUGCCUGAGAGCUUCGGAAAUCUGUCCCAGCUACAAACCCUGAAAAUAUAUGGGAGUAAAAUCUCAAAACUGCCUGAGAGCUUCGGAAAUCUGUCCCAGCUACAAAGCCUGAGAAUAUAUGGGAGGAAUAUCUCAAAACUGCCUGAGAGCUUCGGAAAUCUGUCCCAGCUACAAAGCCUGAUAAUAGGUGGAGAGAGAGUCUCAAAACUGCCUGAGAACUUGGGCCGUCUCGCUAGUCUGCGGGUCCUGAAGCUUUUAGAUAUGUUGAGACUCCAAGCCUUGCCGGAUACUUUUGGGCAGCUUUCACAGUUGUCGCACUUGACGAUGCAGGGCGGCACCAUCAUCCAAAAAGUCCCGGAAUCGUUCGGCAAUCUGGCCAACCUGUCCAGAUUGGACAUCAUAGAGUGUCCCUUUCUUAACUACUUCGGGGUUCCGAAGAGCACCGAAGUAUGCAUUCGAGGAAGACGGAUGAUAUGAAGAGAUGUUCGCCCUUGAGUUAUUCGAGCGGAGCGUAGCGUUUGGAGUAGAACAACUUCACGUGGAGUCUUUUUUGGAGUGGUUGUGAAGGUUAUGUUACCAAUCAAUAUUCACAUGUUUUCUAGUGUGGAAAAAUAGGUCAAUUUCACUAGAAGAACUCAAGUUUUAGUUUUGUUCAUGUUCGAAAGUAGUCAGUGAGUGGUGGUGCGAUCUUUCCACUUGGUCGCAAUUGACCAUAAUUUGGUGAUUUGGAGGACGGGCGAAGUUUUGCGGACGUAAUCAAGGUUUUCGUGAGAUUGUAAUCUAGUUGUAGUUUGGAAGUGCAGGUGAGGGAUUGUAAUGUGCAAGGAACUGGUAGAGGAAAAUUCGAGUUCGGUUUUGGCCUUUAGACUUAGGCCGGAGCAAUCGAGUUGAUUUGCCUCUGUUUCUUCAGCAGUGGGCAGUGCCGGUUACGUGAGGAUCACUUUGCAUUGGGCAUGGAUGUUGGAGCCUUCGAUCAGCAACUGAACUUGAAUUCGCGAGAUGGGCCUAUCCCGGGGAUCUAUUGAGAGUUGUUAGUGGGGCGGAAGUUUUGGGAUUUCUGUGUUCGGAUGGCUAUGGCUCUUCGAUCUAUAGUGGGGUCCCAAUUGUACAGUUCUGCAAAGGAGUGAUGAAAGCAGCGGAGUGAAGGUUGGCAGAGAAAAGAGCGCUCUAUUCGUAAGCGUCGGAGUUGAGUCUUGGUGAAGAUUCAAAGUGGUGAACCUCAGUAAUCUGGCCUUUGGUGCCAAAUUGGACGCUGUCAUGUCAUCCAGAUGAACGUCGUGGGUAUUUUGCUUUAUCUC